AAAUGCGCACGGUGCGUUGGUCCAAGCUGGCACACGUGCGAUCCUACUCCGAGCUUCACCACCUCUAACAACCGGUCCCAGUAUCUCGAUCUCACCCACUCGCGUCUGAACCUGAAUCAAUCGCUGGAUUCAAUUAGGUUUCGUUUCGAUUCUUGUGGGAGAAGCAAUGUGGCGCGAUGGAGGCAAGCUCUACUGGGUCAGAAAGGAGGAGGCUGUCAAGGUUGAAGGAGUUGUCGUGAUCUUCGCUUGGGCUUCGAUUCAGGAGACCCACUUGAAGGAGUUUGUGGAUCUCUACUCUUCUCUUGGAUGGAAUUCUCUUGUUUGUCACGCCGGUUUUCUCAACGCUUUCUUUCCUGAGAAGGCCACCUCGCUAGCAUUUGUUGCUCUCAACGAGCUUGUUGAGGAGCUGAGGAUUAGACCAUGUCCUAUAGUCUUUGCAGCCUUUUCUGGUGGUCCAAAAGCUUGCAUGUACAAGGUUUUUCAGAUUAUUGAAGGAUCAUGCGAAGCACACCUUCACGUGGAUGAUAGUCGAUUGGUCAGAAAUUGCAUUUCUGGAUACAUCUAUGAUUCUAGUCCAGUAGAUUUUACAAGUGAUUUUGGUGCUCGAUUUGGUCUGCCCCCCGCCAUUCUCAAAAUGCCUGGUUCAACAAAACUAGCAUCUUGGGUGGCAAAAGGUGUUGCUUCUGGUCUGGAUGCUCUAUAUCUCACUAGGUUUGAGUUCCAACGUACUGAGUACUGGAGGACACUAUACUCUUCAGUUGGUUUGGGAGCUCCUUUUCUCAUUUUAUGCUCCAAACAUGAUGAUCUUGCUCCAUAUCAGAUUGUUUGCAAUUUUUCUCACCAUUUACAAGAUCUUGGGGCUGAUGUUAAACUUUUGAAAUGGAAUAACUCCCUUCAUGCAGGUCAUUACAGGCAAUAUCCAACUGAAUACAAGGCUGCUGUGACUGAGCUCCUCGAGAAGGCAGCUUCAGUCCAUCUCCAAAAAAUCCAACUUGAAGGAGAAAGAGCAGGCAUGGAGGGUACACAGGAUGAGAUAUCUGAGUUGAUAUGCAACCUCCAGAAAGCAGCAGUGAACUCGAACCAGAGCCUAAGAAGAGUAGCAAUCGAGCCGAGUGACCACUUCUUCUUGCCAAGUUCAGCAGAGUAUCAAAAUGGUAGAGACUCUGGACCCUCACCUGAUGAGCUGAAAGAAAGAUCAGUCCCUGUGCCUGACCCCCCACGCAUCAGUGCACAUAGUGUUCUUGGGCAGUUCCUCUUUGAUGUUUGUGUCCCUAAAAACAUUGAAGGUUGGGAUAUUAAAUUUUCUGGCUCUUUGAAUGGGCAGCCGCUUGCUUCUGCUCGUAGGUAUUCUCAGUAUGUAAGCAAAUGCACUCGUCGCUCAAGAUUGUAGUGAUCUCUCAAGGAUAAAAAUUGUGGGGAUCGCUCUAUGUGAACUUGCUAGGAUGUUAUGGAAGCCCCUAAGAGGUUACAGGCAAAACUUAAUCCCUACAAGGUGCUGAAUACAUCCAAGUUUAGCAAUGUAACAAUCAGAUGUUAUGUAUGGGACAACUGGAAUAGUUUCCAUGCCUGAAAGUGGGCUAAUUUUCUUGCAAGUUGUACAGUUUAGUGAGGAAAAGAUCAUAUGUACAGAGUGAGUAACACGGUUGAAGGGACUGAUGGGCUUCAGAAAAAAUUUGGGUUAAUCAAUCGACAAAGCCUAUAUAAAAAAUGUACUGCCCAGAGGCCUGCUUCUGAUCCAGUAUGUUGGAUCGGGUGAGUGAUGAUAUAUAUGUAUUGAACAGUCGUGUAAACCUGUGGAUAACUUAUGUCUGUACAAAGAUCCUUUUUGUAUAAGGCCGGAACCUAAAUGAAUGUGUUGUUAAUACA